AUGUUAGCUGACCAAGAUAGCCUUCGCUCUGUCUACAGUCAAGCCAUUACAGGGGCUAAAAAGGUCUGCACUCAAAAGAAUCAAGUCAUGUCCUUCCGGAGAGUAGUCAGACAGAGCAAAUUCCGGCAUGUCUUUGCCCAAGCGUGGAAAACGGAGCACUGCCUCGAUGACGUGCGAGUGUCCCGAGUCACAUGGGACAGUCCACUUUGUGCAGUCAACCCCAAAUUCAUAGCUGUCAUCAUAGAAGCAGCAGGAGGGGGCACCUUUCUUGUAGUACCUAUUAACAAGAGUGGAAGAGUGGAUUCGUCUUGGCCAACUGUAUGUGGCCAUCAUGCUCCUGUGCUGGACAUCCAGUGGUCACCUCAUGACGACAAUAUCAUUGCAAGUGCCUCUGAGGAUAACACAGUGAAGGUGUGGCAGAUCCCAGAUGGUGGACUAACCAAGCCAAUGACUGAGGCCAUAGUGACACUAGAAGGACACAGUAAAAGAGUAGGAAUCAUAGCAUGGCACCCCUCUGCCUUCAACAUCCUCUUAUCUGCAGGUUGUGAUAAUGUGAUUUGCGUCUGGAAUGUGGGCACGGGUGAGCUCGUUUACCAGCUGAGCGAUGCACACCCAGACGUCAUCUACAGUGUCAGCUGGAACAAGGACGGAAGUGCGGUCUGUACUGUCUGUAAGGACAAGGCGCUGCGUGUGAUUGACCCACGAAGGGGCACCGUGCUCAAGGUUAAGGAGAAAGUGCAUGAGGGCACCAGGCCAAUGAGAGCUGUGUUUCUUGCCAAUGGGAAGAUCCUGACCACUGGCUUCAGCCGAAUGAGUGAGCGUCAGGUGGCUCUGUGGGAUACGAAAGACCUCUCUGAGCCAAUGGCUGUUCAGGAGAUGGACUCGAGUAAUGGGGUACUAUUACCUUUUUAUGACCCGGACACAAACAUGGUUUACCUGUGUGGAAAGGGAGACAGUACCAUCCGGUACUUUGAGAUCACAGAUGAAUCCCCAUAUGUGCACUUCUUGAGCUUGUUCAGCAGCAAAGAGCCGCAGAGAGGAGCAGGUUUUCUUAGUAAAAGAGGUGUAGAUGUCAACAAGUGUGAAAUCGCAAGGUUUUACAAAUUGCAUGAGAGAAAAGUGGAACCAAUCUCAAUGACUGUGCCACGAAAGUCAGACCUGUUUCAGGGCGACCUGUACCCCGACACUGCAAGUGCGGAGCCAGCCCUUUUAGCAGAGGAAUGGAUCGCCGGGCAGGAUGCUCCCCCUCUCCUGGUCUCGCUGAGUGGGGGGUACAGUGCUCCUACAUCCAAACACGGCCGCGACACACUGAGAGGAAAGCCCAAAAUGCUCUCACAAGACUCUGGGACAGGGGCCACCACACCUUCAAGCACCAUAUCUACUACUGCAGCCAAAGAGCACAAAACUGAAGAGACGCAUCACUCCAAGGCAGCGAGAGAAAACGAGGGAAAUGGGGAACGACCCAAGAAAGAGGAGGAUCUCUUGAAUGAGCUACUAGCCGAAAUGAAAGCGCUGCGUGCGGUGGUUCUGGCACAAAACCAGCGAAUCGAGUUGCUGGAAAGGCAGCUUGCUCGCAUUGAAGACGGAGAUGUCCUGACCCGGUGGAAGAAAGUUGUUCGCCUAAAACAAGCUUUAAUAGAAUCAAACAAAAGAGCCAAAAAUAUGUCUGAAAACGGGGAAAUCACCUACUCAGUAUCAUACACCACUAUCAUGUUUCUUGCUUUCCUCCUGGCUGCCCUUCUCAUCCUGCUGUUUUUCCUUUACAAGCAUCUAAACCAGGAAGCUAACGGCAAAUAUACUGUGCAACGCAUCGUGUUUAGGGAGGGAGGGUUGCGAGACAGGGUCAGAGGGGCAUCAGUGGCCCUGGGGAACCGUCUGGGAGUCCAGCUGUGGCCUCAAACAGAAGGAGACCAGGACGAAAAAGAUGAAGAGAAAGAGGAAGAGGAGGAGGAGAAACCAGGGCAGGUGCAUUCAAUGGAAGACAACAGCAGUGAUGAAGAUGAUUCUGUGACAAUUGACAGAGGGACAAUUGUCACAGAAGAGCAGUCUCAGAGUGAAGCGGGUCCAAGUAAAACCAGAGAUCAGAAUUCAGAAGACGGCUCAGAGGAGGAAUAUAAACCUCUGAUCUCGCCUGAACCACAAGAGGACCCACCAGCAGAAGCAAAAGGACCAGUAGUAGUUAACCUCAACCAGUUUUCAGGUAGUGUCCUCUGGUCCGAAGAGGAUGGAGAGAAAGAUAUAGUGCUGCCACCAUCCACUGGAGGCUGCUCUGCUCUGAACGCGCUGGACCUGUGUCUCCUACAGAGACACGCACUAAUCACAGCGCAUCCGAGAAACUAUUUAAAUGGAGAUGGAAGGAGUAGGAUGUUAUUAGCGUCCGCUGUAGUGGUCUGGCAAUGGCUAAACGAGCACGGACGCUGGCGGCCCUACAGCCCCGCGGUCUGUCACCACAUCGAGGCGGUGAUCCGGAGCGACCCUCGCUGUGCUAGUGUGGUCCUCGGACAGGUGGACUCUCGCCUUUCGCCCUACAUCAUCGAUCUGCAGUCCAUGCACCAGUUCAGACAAGACACAGGUACCCUUCGGCCAGUACGACGCUGCUUCUACGAGCCCACCUCUGCCCCGGGGCAGGGCUGGCUGUGGGAGUGGGAAAACGACACUGGGAGUUGGACAGUGUUCGACACCGAGGUGGGCAUUGCCAUCCAGGCUGCUCGAGACCGGCAGGAGCCCUGGCUGGACCUGGCUCCACUUGGGUUCUCCUACCUUAUUGACUUUGAAAACAUGACUCAAAUCAAUGGGCAAACACAGCGCUGCCGACGUAUCCAGCGGCGCUCUGACUUAGCCUACCCCAUGGUUUCUGGACCACUGCCUAAAUCACAUCAAGCCUGGGGACCCACACCCAUGUCAGGCCCUGGGGGUCUGCUAGGAGUAGAUGUAUCCAAUAUGGGAAUGAGAAUGAACAGCAGUGGAAAUGGGAGCGCUUACCCCAGCGGCGCACUCCCUGCCUCAGCCAUCACCUCUUUGGGACAACCUUGUGCCUGUCAGCAGUGUAUGAUGGUGCUGGGUGUGAAACCGGGGGCUUUGUCCUCUUUCUCUUCUAUGUCCUCUGCACAGACUCUGGGAAGAAGACCACCACAAACAAAACUGCCUCUCCCUGCCAUUAGCCCCAAAGUUCACAGUUACUCUGUUCCAGGAGGAUCGUACUCUUUAACGCUCCCUCGGCCACUGACUCUGCAGCGCACGCUGCCGUCACACAGGAUUUCUGUGGUGGGGGCCACCGGGGGCUACAGUGUGGGCGGAUUGGGGGCUCCAAUGCUGUCCGUGUCCUGUCCCGCUCCGCCCUCCUCUGCUGGUGCGUCUCUCAUCUCCACUGUCUCCUCCACCUGUGCUCCUUCUCCCUCCGCCCGUGUCCUGGGACCAGUGUCGUUGUCGGCGACCUCCGCUUGUGCCGCUCCUCUACCUCCUCGCUCCAGUCUGGCUGGACUUAGCCGACCCGCACUGCAGAGGAUUGCCAUGGCCCAGUCUCGUGCCCUUAUUGCCUCUGGAGUACCAACCGUUCCAGUCAAGAACCUCAAUGGAUCCAGCCCUGUGCAUCCUGCUCUGGCUGGAAUUACAGGCAUCCUGAUGAGUGCGGCUGGACUUCCCGUCUGCCUGACCCGUCCGCCCAAACUGGUCCUUCAUCCUCCUCCAGUGAGCAAGAGCGACAUCAAACCAGUGCCUGGACUGGGCCACUGCUGCCGCAAGACCACCAAGAAGCAGGCUCGCAAAGGAAAGACGCCAGAGGAAGUGGUCAGGCGCUAUCUACAGAAGGUCCGCAAUCCUCCUGAAGAAGACUGCACUAUCUGCAUGGAGGCCCUGUCCGGACCCUCUGGCUACAAAGGCCCCGGUGUUGGGGGGAUAUCCCGUGCCGAGUCGGUGGGCCGGCUGUCGCAGUGUGGUCAUCAGUACCACCUCCAGUGCCUCGUUGCCAUGUACAACAACGGAAACAAGGAUGGCAGCCUGCAGUGUCCAACCUGCAAAACCAUCUAUGGAGUGAAGACGGGCAACCAGCCCCCCGGCAAGAUGGAGUACCACGUUAUUCCACACUCGCUCCCAGGACAUCCAGACUGCAAAACAAUCCGUAUCAUUUACAACAUUCCUCCAGGCAUACAGGGCCCAGAGCAUCCAAAUCCGGGCAAACCCUUCACUGCGCGUGGUUUUCCCAGACACUGCUAUCUCCCUGAUAGUGAGAAGGGACGCAAGGUUUUGAGGUUGCUGUUAGUGGCAUGGGACCGUCACCUCAUUUUCUCCGUGGGGACGUCCAGCACCACGGGGGAGUCCGACACCGUCAUCUGGAACGAGGUGCACCACAAGACCGAGUUUGGCUCCAACCUCACCGGCCACGGCUACCCCGACGGCGGACACAUGGACAACGUGCUGGAGGAGCUCAAGGCCCAGGGCAUCACAGAGGAAGAGUGCCUGCCCAGAGACUAA